CUUUAAUGCGGGAUUGAUGUUGAUGAGUGACGUCAUCAUCCGUAUCGGAAGAAGGACUUUUAAGUUUGUUUAUAUUUUGGUUCGACAAAAACGAUGGACGGAACGAAUCUGAGAGAACAAGUAAUGAUAAACCAAUUCGUACUAGUCGCAGGAUGCGGUAAAGAACAGGCUAAACAGUUCCUUCAAGCGUCACACUGGCAGUUUGAGACUGCGCUCAGCUUGUUCUUCCAAGAGGCCACGGUACCCAGCUGCCACCAAAGGGGUCAUUUUAAUCCGAUCUGCACACCUGCCAACACUCCGGCUACUCCUCCUAACUUCCCAGACACGUUAUCGGCAUUUUCCAGGAUGUCUGCUUCGGACAAGAUGGGAACAUCACCCACACUGUCUCCCGUGGCAAACAAUAAUAAUACCAAUGCCACCACAACAACGGGAACUUGCAGCAGUCUAGGAAACCACCAACCGCCGGCAUCGCCGCACGGCAUGGAGAUCGAAGCUCAGAGAUAAGAGCACAAGUCCUCGUAACGUAGACGCACACUACCUUAUUGCUACUUUGUAUCAAAGUGGCAAAGGAUGACUCUCUUGUCCCUGUUGUACCAGUAGAUAUCCUCACUCCUUCCGCCCAAAUUUAGAACUUGCCAGGGCGUGACUAAACGGAGCUGCUGGAGGUAGUUUCUUAUUGGUUAGAUUUAAAUAUCACAUGGUUAAUUGUAUUUUUUGUUUUGUUUCAUUGGAAUGUUUACUCCCGUUUUUGUUAUAUAUAUAUAUUUUUUUGCCAUCAUUAAUUUGAUAAAUCGUGUUGAAAUUAUCGAUUCCGUACUCGGAAUGAACGCGAUGAAGUUACGGAUGUUCUGUGAUUUUUUAUUUUCUUUAUUUCAGUUAUUUAUUAGUAACGGCAAAAUUUGAAUUAAGAAAUUCGUAAAACAAUCAUCGUUGGUCGUCUUCCUUUUAAAUAGAGGUUUUGUAGACUAUAUUAUUCUUGCCAUACUAAGAAAAUUCAAAGCAUGCAGUUACAGGAAACCAUUGGUAUCGAUCAUUAAAUGUCAAGAAAUUAAGUUUUAACAAGGUUUUUCUCCCAUUUGUUUCAAUCAUCUUGCCAUUUCAAGUAAUAUCAUUGUCAGUUUUAUCACCAAACAAAGUUCACAUACUAUUUUUUAUGAAAUUGUGUCAUUAAGACUAAACAGAGUGUAUCUGCAAAUGCAGAAACGUUAGGGGGGAAAAAAUGUAUUCGCCAACUUAUCGAAUAUAAUGUAAAGUGAUUGCCAUUGUUCGUUAAAUGAAUGAAUAAA